GAAAAGUGCCAAGAGAAGAAGAAGGUUGAACGAGUUUGCGCAGUGUGAAUGGCGCGAUAACCAAAUGUGUGAUUCAGUGUGUGGGUUAUUUCACUAUAUUUUUAGUUAUUUUGUCUCCUUCAACUAAAACCUCCAGCAUGGAUAAGCAGACCGACUCCUGGUCCAGCUGUAUGCGGCCUGCUGACAUCAUUCGGCUGAAGAGGAAAAGACCGCGAGACGGAGGCGAGAGUCCCGGAGACAGCGGCUCCGCUCCGGCGUCCGCUCCCCCCACGGCUUCCCCCGGCCUCCGCGGCCUGUCCAGGAGCAGAGGCACGCGCAGAAAUCCUUUUGUGACGUCGGACAGCCCCCUCGGUCGCCCGAAGAAAUUCGCGCUCAUAGACGAGGACCAUGAGGACGUGGGUGGCUUGAUAAAACUGAUGUCCGCGGAGAGGACGUCGGGGGACCGCAGAGGGUGUCCGUCCAGAGACAGCCUGGCGGAGACCGCUCUCCCUGAAGGUGAUUCCCAGCUGGAGACGGAGGAGCAACACGUUCCCGAUCUGCUGCUUGAGGACCCGCUGCAGGCCGCUCCUGUCCCCACCCCUCCUGCUGGCAGCGCAGAGUAUCCAGCCGACUGGAGCUUGAAAACCCGGGUGCUCUUCACCUCCCCGGCCUCCCUCUCCUGGACGGAGCAACCGAAGGCCCAGGAGGAGGCUCUGGGGCUCAGCAACAGCUGCAGAGCUCAGUUCGCCGCCCUGCCGCACAACCUGCAGGAGCCCAGGUCGUGGUCGGAGCUGCGGGCGGCCUUCCAGCGGUGCCUGGUGUACUGGCAGCACCCGUCCCUUCCCUGGCUCUCUCUGUUCCCCCGCAUCAACGCGGAGAAAAGCUUCUCUGGGAAGAACACGCCGUGGAUUCAGGACGGAGCCGUGCAGGAGAGCCUGAUGAAGGAAUGGUCCGUCGGUUUGUCGUCUCUCUACAGCCUUCUAAAGGCGGGGCUGUGUCCGUACUUCUACGUCUGCUCCUAUCAGUUCACAGUGUUGUUCCGGGCAGCAGGCCUCGCAGGGUCGCACUGCAUAACCGCCUUGAUUUCUCCGACGACCCGAGGUCUCAGGGAAGCAAUGAGGACCGAAGGUGUAGAGUUCAGUGUUCCCCUGCUGAAGGAAAGGAGGAAGAUCAGUAAGCAACUGAGAGGAGAGGAGGAGGAAGAGGAGGACAAAGAGUUUUUGCAGGUGGACGACGACUGCCAGAAAGGAGACGAAGAAGACAGCUUGUCGUGGCUCAAGGAGAUGGGAAUUCAGGACAAAAUAAGGACACCCGAAGGCAUUAACAUACAGCUACAAAAAGGAGCUCCAGCUCUGUCUGUGGACCAUAAGCCGGAGUCUGUUGUGUGCGUGGAGGGAUCCCACUCCUUCAACCUCAUCAACUUCCUCAUCAACUGCAAGAGCGUGGUGGCUGCAGCCGGCUCUCAGACCGGCCUACCGCCCACCCUGCUGGCUCCCACCGCCUUCAGAGGGGCCACCAUGAAUGUGCUGAAGGGCCGCAGCGUGAAUGCGAGGAACUUGGUCGAUUCUGCCUACCAGAACAUAAGCAGCCUGGAGGUCACAGGACCCAUCCUUCCUUCCUCGCUUCACGCCAUCACGGCUCUUCUUCAAACCGCCCAAAAAGGCGACUUCUCCGCUGCUCUUUACACUCAUACACCCACUGCUGUCAUGAACACAAAGACCUGCAAGGAUCAGUGUAACAAGGCAGUGGGAACCUUGGCUCACUGUGGUCUUCCUCCUGCUUCGGUCGAUCAGCUGCAGCAGCCCUCCACAUUGGGCAAGACUGCUCUGACGCACAUUACAAUGAAGAACCACAGCUACACCUGGAAGACUGGAUAGAACAGAGACGGCACAAUUCUGAAACCGUCACACUUCAAAGGAAGAGACAGCAUCCAAUGGCACUGCUUUUACCUCCUUUUAGACUUUU